GGUCACUGAGAUUACAAAAAACGUUCAUGUUUAGUCACUGAAAAUAUUUAAUUCCAAUCUUGAUCACUCAGAUUAGUUAAAUGGUUCAAAUUUGAUCACUCUCUAUUACCUUCCGUCAAUCUCCGUUAACACCGUCAGUUACAUGCUGACGUGGCUAACAGACUCACCUAAUCACCUAUUUUUAACAAAAACAAAAUAAAUUCCAACUCUGACACAUCAUAAAAACCUGCCAAAUCAUAAAAAUCUAGUGACCCGACCGACCCCAAAUUAAACCCAAGUUUGACCAAACUGCAAAAUCCCUAGCCUGUCGAUGGAGAAGAGGAUCGGAAGAAGCUAUCGCCUAUCGUCGCCGCCCUCAUCCAAUCCAUCGGUUUCCCUCUUCUCAUCCCUCUCCUAUUCUUCUUCCUUCGAUAGAAACAUCACCACCGCGAGCGGCACCAUCUCCGCCGGUGGCUGCCGCUAAUCUACCUUGAUUCGUCCUUUGUUUCCACCUUCUCCUCCGUCAAUGGCAGCUGGAGAAUCUACUCAGCUCCCAAUUCUUCCCUCACCGUUGAUCCCACUCUCCUCUCCAAUCUGAUUGAGCAACGAUAGAGCACCACCUUCAACUCCCUCCUCGUUGUCGCCUUCUCUCUUCUAGAAGAAAACAAGUUUGGGAGAAGCAGAUCCGUCAUUUGUUAGGGCUAGGGAUUUUUUCCAUUUAGAUAAAAUAGAUGAAGAAGAAUACAGAAUUUCCAGUUGGUAGGCAGGGGAGGAAUCUGGGGUACAGGAGGGGAAACAAUGUCUAGGUCGGGAGUGGUGGGCAAUCAAUGGAUUGGGGGCAGGGGGCAAAUCUCCGAGCAGCACGAGGAAGAGGAGGUUCUUCAACCACUAUCACCUCGUCGUCCUCGUCCUCAUCGCCGGCAGGGAAGAGACGAAGGUGGAAGGAUGGGUCAUCGCUCCCUUCUACAUCACUUCACCUUCCUUGAGAGUUUAGAUCUCCAAUUGCACAGAUGCCAGCAUGCACUACCGAAGGAAAAGGGGGAGUCUAAUUGUAGGAUAGCAAGGGAGUGAGGAGUUUUGAUGGUGACCCAGUUCUGCAGCCAAGGGUGAUAAAGAUAAUGGAUGGGCUGGAGGGCUAGGAAGUAGAGGAGGAGAGUGGGAGGGAUUGAAGAGACUGGUGGGGAAAUCAGAACAUUGGUCGGCGAUUUUUCACAAAGAGGGCUAAGGAUUGGAGAAGAAGGGAAGAGGGGGUUGGGUUGGGCCAAGAUGACAAGGUGGGUUGAGUGACGUGGCAGGUCAUGUUUCAUUAUUUUUGGAUUAAAUUAGGCUGACUAAGCAAUUUCGUUUGCCACAUCAGCAGAUAACGGAUUUUGUUAACAGAGUUGGAUGGAGACUAACGAAAAGUGACCAAACUUGAACCAUUUACUAAUCUGAGUGAUCAAGAUUGGAAUUAAAUAUUUUCAGUGACUAAACAUGAACGUUUUUUGUAAUCCCAGUGACCAAUCUUGCAAUUAACCCUUAAAAAAUAUAAUAAUUUUGUUUUACAUAAUAAGAUUCUUUUCGAUAUAUUAUCAUAAGAAAAUUACAUUCCUUUGUAUUAUAUAUUUCCAUUGUAAUAAGAUGUGUGUUUCCUACACGAGUAAGAAUGAGUUAAACGUAUGAUAAUAUUAUCUUAUCACAUUCGUAAUAUUCAACGAAUUUUUUUCCUUAAAACAUGUCAAAAAGAAUAUUUGUCUAUUAGAAUGUCAAGAAGAAUAUUGCUAUGUAGAUCAUAAGAUAUAUUUAUAAAAUUUUAAAAUUAAAAUACAUAACAAAUGAUACAUUGAAAAUCCAUAGUGACUGAUUAGAAUUAUACACUUUGCAUAGCUUUUUCCAACUGAAUUCUUAUUUGUAGCCCUAAGUUUUUGAAUUUAUAGCCCUAAACUUACAUACAUGGACGAUUUUACCCCUCAUUUAACCUAAACCCUAAAUGCACCCACCCAACCCUUCCCUGCCGUUCCCUUACCCUGUUCUCCCCCAAAUCAACAAAACACAAUCUCAACCACCAAGACCCGCCGCCGCCCUAAACUAUCGCCAUCUACCACCAAGACCCGCCGUCAACCAGAGCCGCCGCCCAGAGCUCCGCCGCCGCCCUAAACUAUCGCCGUCAACCAAACUCACCUCCGCAUGUGACUGUCGCCGAGGAGAAGCCUCCAACCCGCUGCCGCCACCAAGACCCGCUGCCGCAACCCUUCUCUUUUCAACCCGCUGCCGCCACCGCAGACCCGCUGCCGCAACGCUGCUCAGACCCGCCGGAGGUAAAUCUCUCUCUCCCUCCCUUCUCUUUUGGUUGAGUUGCGCCGACUAUACGGGUUGAAAACCGUCGCCAGUGGCUAGAGGCAGGUAGGGCGAUCGAUUUGGCCGGGGGUAGACGCAGGCAGGGCGCCUGCGCGGAUCCGGCGGAGCCAGGUAGCCCACCUGCCCCGACCCUGGUCCGAUCCGGUCUCCGAUCCGCCCUGACCCUGGUCCGACCCGUUUUCCGACCCGCCCUGAUCCUGCUCCGACCCGUUUUCCGACCCGCCCGAACCCUGGUCCGACCCGUUUUCCGACCCGCCCGACCCGUUUUGAUUUUUUUCAAUUAAAAUGCAAAUGUUAAUGAUUAGAAUGUUCAUUUUAAUUAAUAAUAUAUAAAUUUGAAUGGUAAAUUAUAAUCAAUAUAUGACAUUUUAUAAUGGGAAGGAAGAAAAGAAUCUGUUUGUUGCGUUGUUGUGUGAUGAGAGGAUGUUAAUUAACAUUUGACAAUAUAAGUAGUGUUUGAAUUGAAAAAGUUGUUGAUUGUUAAUAAUGAUUAUAAAUAGUUAAUGAAUAUAGGAUUGUUAA